AUGCUCCUUCUUUAUAUAUAUAUAAUACCAUUAUUAUUUUUUACUAUUACAAAAUGCCUCCCAUCAACAUAUGUUGAGGAGGGAAAUUUGGAGGAUGGAAAUGUUAAUAUUCCAACAUCAUUUUGGAUAACAAUUGAAUUAUUAUCAGUUGAUUGGAAACAAGGAUGUUUGACACAGGCUAAUUGUGGUAAACCACGUCUUCAAAUGUCGAAGGCACUUAUAUUAUCUGAGGAGAAGGUGUCUGUUUCAUGGCCGGUGACAAGUCAAAUGUUUCAGGAUGGACCAAAAACAUUUGUAUCAUCAUGGAAUUCUGGUACACCUGAAGAAGUAUCAUUAACAUGUCAAGUUAUUGGUAUUGAUCCACAAUAUGGUUUUACAAGAGUUUGUGAUGAGACACAUCCAAUAAAAUUAUUUAAACACCAAAUUAUUGAUGAUUAUAUGAAAAAUAAUGAAGAUAAAUUAAAUUCACAAAAUAAUGAUGAUGAAAUAAAAGGAAAAAUGAUAGUUGAAGUUAGAGGGCAAUGUUUUAAUGCAACAUUAACUAUACGUAAACAUAUAAAAAGAUGUCCUUGGUGUCCAAAGAAAAAAGAACCAAUAUUUGAGGUUACUGGUGAUCAAGAUAUAGAUCCACAAUCACAACCUUUAGGAUUCCUUCAAGAUCAAUCAUUUCAUCUUACAAUUAUAAUAUUACUUGCUGUAAUAGCAUUUUUAACAUCAUUAGCCUUCGCCUGCCUCCUCAUAACACAUCUAAGACAAAAAAGAAAUGGUAAUAAAUUAAAGUCAAAUGUUUCACAGGCAUCAACAAAUAAUUCUACAGGACCUAGGACAAUGGUUAAAUUAACAAGACCAAUACCAUCACAUUACCAUCAAGCAUAUAUGUAUAUGCCACCAACAAAUUCUGGAACACUACCUAAAAAGACAAUAAUUAAAGGUCAUUAUGACUUAACAGAUCAUACAUAUUCAGUGGCUGCUGAUUUAAUAAGAUCAGAUGCAGAAGAGUCUGGUUAUGAAACACCAUGGGAAAAAAAACCACAUGUUCAGUCUCCACCAAUACCAUAUUGGCAGGGGCAUCCAGUAACUGGAAGAUCAACAGAAAUAACAUCACCACCACAUUGUAUGAAUGAUAAUGGAUUAGGAAGAGGAAAUUAUAUAGCAUUAGUUCAGGAGAGAGGAUAUUCAUCUGGUAAUAGUACCUCAACAACUAGUGCAAAUUCCUCAAUUAAUAAUGGUCCACAAAAUGAUUCGGGUUUAGAACAUUAUUAA